GUAGGGAGGCCGGGACGCGGCGGCGGCGGCGGCGGCGGGCGGGCGGAGGAAUGCGUGUUACGGUUAAAUAGUGGGUACGGCGGCCGCGGGAGCGGUGGGCUGCGUGGCUGGCGGUUGCGGCUGGAUGAGGACGGGCUAGCCCGGGGCGGGCGAGGAAGGCGAGGCCACGGACAGAACGGCUGAGCAGACGGAUGGGCUCCAUGGCUUGGCGUGGGCUCCUGGAAGGCAGCGGCAGCGCCAACAAGAGCUCCUCCGCCACCGCAAGUAGCGGCGCCGGGUUCCCCUGAGAGGCGCCUUCCCGCUUGGAGGGAGCGGACCAGUCGCCGCUUGAGCGGCCCGAGAAGAGAGGAGCCCUCGGCGGGGGAGGGCGGCGGGGGGCCUCUGCGCUCCCUCACCGGCGGGCCGGAGUUGAACUUGGCGGCGGCGGCGCCUCUGCCUCUAUGAUGAAGUUCAAGCCGAACCAGACGCGGACCUACGACCGGGAGGGCUUUAAAAAGCGAGCGGCCUGCCUGUGCUUCCGCAGCGAGAGGGAGGACGAGGUUCUGCUAGUAAGCAGCAGCAGGUAUCCGGAUCAAUGGAUUGUUCCAGGUGGAGGAAUGGAACCAGAAGAAGAACCAGGGGGUGCUGCAGUCAGAGAGGUCUAUGAAGAGGCUGGCGUGAAGGGGAAACUAGGUAGACUGCUGGGAAUAUUUGAGCAGAAUCAAGACCGGAAGCACAGAACUUAUGUUUAUGUUCUUACAGUGACUGAAAUUCUGGAAGACUGGGAAGAUUCAGUUAAUAUAGGCAGGAAAAGAGAAUGGUUUAAAGUUGAGGAUGCUAUCAAGGUCCUUCAGUGUCACAAGCCUGUCCAUGCAGAGUAUUUGGAAAAACUGAAAUUAGGGUGUUCACCAACCAAUGGAAAUUCAGUGGUCUCUUCGCAUCCUGGUAACAGUUCUCUUUAUGUCACUUCUACACAGACUUCUGGGCUGCCCUCUACUGUAAGAUAAAAUCUGAAUAACUUGCGUAUAUGCCAUCACAAGGUGGAUGUCUUUUGGUGGUAAUGUGCUAUGUGUAUAGUCAUCAACAUCCUGAGUGUGAAUACUUUGUAUGUUCAGGCCUGUUUUUCUUUUUUAGAAAUUUGUAAUAUUUAAUAAGCCAAAGCCAUACAGGGAAUUAAAGAUGCCUUAAUUGGCCCUUUAAAGUAAAAUAUAGAUAUCUUAAAUACCAGAUAAAAUAAGAGUGAAUUUGUAAUUUGUUUUUUGAGAAUAGGUUAAUUUUUCUUCCUUGUAAAUUUCCAGAAAAUCAAACUCUCAGUUUGGGGAAACUGUACUUUAGUCUAGCAUCAUUUCCCCACUUCAACAUAGUUAGCUGGAGGAGUAAAGAGGCAGUGGAAAUCAACAGCAAGUGCCUUCUUCUAUUUCAGGAAGCUUCCUCCUCCCCAGUAUUUCACAUGAAGAUCCUAAGCAGAGCAGAGCCAAGUGGGCUUGUCUUUGCCAAAGCCUUCAUACUGCUCUUGCUUAUAACAUUAAGCCAAACAGCCAGAUUCCUGAGGUCCAUGUGCACCAACCCUUUUUACAACCUACUUGUUCUCCUCUUGCUCAAGUCAGUGUUGGCUUCUUUGGCUAUUCAGUAGCAGGAGGCCCAUUCCUGCUUUUUCCAAAAUAUGUGAAUUGGAUCAGUAUUAGCAAGCUAACUACUUGAGGACUAAGAAAUUGAGGAGAGUGCACAAAUGAUUUCUUGUCCUGUUUUAAUCUCCGUUACUAAAACAGGGACAUGCCGAUUCUGUAAAUUUUACAAACUUAAGUCUCUGAAAACAUUUUCACUGAACUUCCCUGUUUCUCUAAAGUCAAAACUGGCUGAGGUAAAGAACUACCUCUAUCAUGAAGGUUGUAUCUUCUCAUUGUUUCUAUGUAAGAUAAACCAACUGUAAAUAAUCCAACCAGUGUAAAGUGAAAAGUAAAUGUAAUGUAAAUACUGUGUUGCGCACAAAACUAGGUUAUCACCUAGGGUUCUAGUGUCUUAGCAGCUUUGUAACAGGCAGAAAGUUAAAACAGCAAGUAUUUUUUUCAUAUCACUUUAUCAUCACCUAAGAAAUUUCUGCUGAAAAUUUUCUGUUAAAGGCACAGAAGCCCUUUGGAACUGAAGGUGGCAACCCUACACUACCUUCAACAUUGUUUAAAAUGCUGCUAUAAAUUAAUCCAUGAGCUGUUACAAUCUAAGGAAAACAAUGGUGCCAUUAACUUUCCCUCUAGAAAAACUGGGAAUGUAAAUAUAGUACCAUAUAAAUACAUUUGAGCAAGAAACAUCAGCCAUAAGUAUUACUUUUAAGAGCCAAAAUUCAAAGUAGACUUGAAUAUCUGCCACAGAAUAAAGCUUCCAUUUGCAAUUGGAGAAGCAGUAUAGACUACUAGAAGACCCAUCAAUGUAAACUCUCAGACUAAUCAGAGUGGGAAAUUUUCUGAUUCCCAAUAGGUAUGUAUUUUCCCUGAAAGUAACCAUCAGCAUUCUAAGUUGGCACUUCUGUCUCAGCUUCCCAUUAGUUAUCUCUAAAACCUUUGAAUUGAUCACAUAACAAAAUGAGAAAUUGGUGUGUUACAAUGACAAGAAUGAAAAGCAAAUUGGGUUUAUGGUUCCUGCAACUGCUUUCAUCUCUAAUUUUACUUCUGAAACUUAAACAAGCCAAGUUUGUAAGAGUUGCCUAUUGGUAAUGCAUGAUUAUUUUGGUUUCUAACACUAUAUAUUGUGUAAAAAUGUACAGUUCUCAAUGCUAACCAAAUCAAAGGUGAUGGCUUAUAUGUAGUCCAGACUGCUGUGCCACAAAUAGUUAAAUAUAUUGGUGUACAUACCUUUUCACUCUAUGCAACUUAGGAUGAAGACCCUUACUAAAACUGGCUAGCAAAAUCUGUCUUGCAACUUGAUACACUGGAAUGACAAAGAUCCACUAAGAUUUUAGCUAUCUUUGUUACAUUUCAUUCAUAGACAUUGCCAAAUUCAGUCAUUUAGAGGAAUAGACUGCAAAAUACUUGUCAAAGAUGAUGGCUAUGAUGUUUUCUGCCAAUAUUAAACCAUAGUUAUAUAGUACCAAUGUGAGGUCAGAUUUGACCUCACAAUAAAAUAGGGAGGGAUUGGAGAGUACAUUGCGGUGGGGUUUUUUUGUGGCACUAAGAACCUGGACUAGUGUUUCUUCUAAGUGACCUUUGAAUCUGUGCCUGGUUUCAUGUGUGUAAGGACAAAAAUUGAUUUGGAUCAUAUGCCACACACUAUGUUUUAAACUUAGCAAGUCUUUGAUUGUGAGGUCAGUACCAGGCAAGAGCAGACUGUGUAGUGGAAGCACGUUACUGUGAACAGUUAAAAUUGGAAACAUGCGUUAAAAAUGUAAGUGAUAGAGGCUUAUUAAAGGGGAAACUUUAAUCCUGGAGGGUUACUGAAAACUAACCACAUUAUCGUCAAUAUGUUGGAAAUAAAUGUUCAACAUGCUUCUGAGAAGUAAAAAAUUUGAAGGAAAAUUACUAUUUAAGUUGUAAACAUUUUGAACUGUCUGCAUGGCUUCCUUUUAAAAACUGGUGUAAGAAUUUUGACUUUUUAUAUCUGAAAUGAACUUCCAAAAUAAAAAUUGAAACAACCUAUA